AUGGUCGACAUGGCUCAGCCGCUAUACGAAGACUUCGCGGCGGUUUCGGGACUGACAGAAGCGUCGGAAGACGUGCAGUUGUUGCCGCCCGCUUCACUGAGCCUUCGUGCACCCGGCCACGAGCUCUACGAGUCGUCGCGGUUCCACAGGCGUGUUCAGCUACCCGGCGAAAGCGUCGACACGUACUACGCGGAACUGUGCAGAAUGGUGAAGCGCUGCAACUACCAGUCAGCAGCUGUCGAGGAAAGGCUCGUACGCGACCGGUUCGUCAUCGGCCUCCGUGACUCUCGCCUCUCGGAUCAGCUGUGCCGAAACGCGAAGCUGACGCUCAAGGAGGCAUGGACACAAGCCCGUCAGUCCGAAGACGCCGACAAAGAGAAGGAGUUGACCCAGAACCGCACCGAGCACGCACGCGAGCUCAACCUCGACGCUGCGAAAGCCAGCAAGUUCGCCUCUCGUCGCCGCUCCGGAGCUAAGCCUACUACGUCGCAGCCGCCAGCCGAGCGCGCUCGCGAGACGUCCACGUGUGAAUUCUGCGGCCGCGCGCCUCAACGACGUUCGGACUGCCCGGCUCGACGCUCCACCUGCAACUUCUGCAAAAAGAAAGGCCACUUCGCUGAAGUUUGCCGCUCGCGGAAGCACCAGCAGAACAAGCUCGGCUCCGUUCACCUGCAUGCCGUCGGCACUCCCGCCGCUGCAAAGUUCGUCGACGUGACCGUUGACAACACAGCGCAGUUCAAAGUCGACUCCGGCGCCGAAGUAACUGCUGUACUCAGCGACUUCCCUACGCUGCCUGCAAGCUCGACCGAGUCGACAGUCUGCUCACCGGCCCUGGAGAACAGCCACUUCGCGUUCUAG